AAAUAAUAUGAUAUGAAAAUAUAAAUUUAUGUUCUAUAAAAAAGUUAUUUAUAAUUAAAAAUAAACACCAUCGUAUAACUAUAACGUAAGGCGUCAAAAGUACGCAUGGCUAUAAAUAUGUGACAUAACAUUGCGAAUCAUUACUUUUACCUUUAAGUAAAUAAAAAAUUUGAAACAAUAGAUAACAUAUUAAAGAAAAUUAUUAAUUUGUUAAAACAAGUACGGCCUUAAAUCCCUUUACAACUCAAGCAAAAAUUCUCGAAGUAAAUAUGAUAAAAUUCAACAAUAUGCGAUACAAAUUUCAUUUUAUAAUAAGAAAAAUAAUUGAUAUACACUAAAGACUGUAAAUAUUUAUUUUUUGAGGUUACCUUUCUUAAAUGUUUACCUGUGUUUAAAAAAUCGCCUUGAAAUUUAUUUUUGUUUCGUUUAGAACCAAUGAAUAUUGUUGAAACGAACGCUGUAGGAUUGCUCCAAAUAUAUCGGAAGAAUUUCGGUGUUUCUGUUACAUCUCUUCUCCUAGCUACCUUUCUUUCUCUCUAACAAAUUAGUGAAUGAAUUAAUGCAGCUGCAGAAUAGAUAGAUAGAUGACAAAUACAAUUUAAUUUAUCGGAAUCAGAAUCAAAAUUGAAAAUAAUACUAGUAAUAAUAAUGGAUAAAAAGGAAAGGGCAAAGGAAAAAAAGGAGAAAAGACGCCAGGAGAUCUCCCUUCUACGUACUAUUCCCUAUUCUGAUCACCAAAGAUGGUGGUCAUCUGAAACAAUUGCGGUUGUUACGGGCGCAAAUAGAGGCAUUGGAUUUGAAAUUGCUCAUCAGCUUGCAUCACAUGGCGUUACUGUUGUUCUCACGUCGCGAGAGACAGCUGUUGGAGAAGAAGCAGUGAAAGUCUUUCAGGAAGGAGGUCUAAAUGUGGCAUUUCAUCAAUUGGAUAUUGUGGAUCCUGUAUCAAUUCAAACAUUUUGUGAUUGGAUUAAAGAAACAUAUGGUGGCCUAGAUAUACUGAUCAACAAUGCAGGAGUCAAUUUCAAUUGCGGAAAAGAUAAUUCUGUUGAAUUUUCUGAAAUGGUAAUCCAAGUUAACUAUUUUGGCACCAAAAACAUGAUCAAAGCACUUACUCCGUUGAUGAGGCCUUCCCCUGCUGGCUCUCGUAUUGUUAGUGUCACCUCGCGAUUGGGUAGACUUAAUAGCAAACGAAAUGGAAUUUCAAAUGUAGCAGUGAGAGAACAAUUAGAAAACGUGGAUACGCUAUCUGAGGAAGUUAUCGAUAAAACUAUGCACACAUUUUUGGAGCAAGUAAAAGAUGGAACUUGGGAAUCAGCAGGAUGGCCUCAUGUGUUCACAGACUACUCAUUGUCAAAGCUAGCAGUUAAUGCCUACACAAGGUUAAUGGCAAGGAUAUUCGAGGAACGACCAGAAGGUGAAAAAAUAUACAUAAAUUGUUAUUGUCCGGGAUGGGUGAAAACUGCUAUGACUGGCUGGGCAGGGCAUGUUACUAUUGAAGAAGCUGCUGAUACUGCUGUAUGGCUUGCUUUGCUCCCUGAUCAAUUUGUGAGUGGUAAGUUCUUCGCUGAGAGGCGCGAAAUUAACUUUUAAACUAUCAGUGUAUGACGAAUUGUUGUUUUUUUUUUUUUGGUUUUUUAAAACGAGAUUGUCAUUGAUGGAGUUCAGAUUCGAGAUAAUCUGCAUUUUGUUAAGUGAAAUGCACCCAAUUGAUAUAUAAGUAGAAAUAGAUAGUGGUAUUUUUUUGAUCGAGGUGUCUUGACAAGUAACAGUGGCAGAUAAUGAUAUUGAUGAAGAGCAAAUUUAUUUGUACUUGUAGUUUUUAUUAUUUAAGCAGAUUGCAGGCAAUCUUGUUUUUUUAACCUCUGUAAUGGAUUUAAUAAACAUUACUUAUAUGUUCUUGUUACGUUUCAAUUUUAUAUGAACCUAUAAAUUAUAAA